GAUUUGAAUUAAUAAAAGUGUAAAUCCUAAAUCAUAAGUGUAUUUGUGCGUUAUCUUUUUUUUAUCAUUUUUAAUUUUCAUCUAAAACGAAACGCUCAAUUCCGAAUAAAAUGCCUACAUGUUGUAGUCCACCAUACAGACGAAGAGGACUUCUGGGUAGUUCAAAAAAUUUGGUUGAUGUAAUUGACGAUAAUCCUUGCGGUCCAUCACCAUGUGAUCCAUGUUAUCAACGUACCUCAUGCUGUAGUAUGGAUUGUGAAAUGCCACCACAAUGUUACGAACCACCCUGUUCACCAUGUAGUCCAUCAUAUUGUUCACCAUAUAUGCAAGAUUGUUGUUCACCGCCCCCUCCAAAAAGUUGUGAAACAUAUUGUAAUCCUUGUCCAGAACCAUGCCCUCCUCCUUGUUCACCACGUUUUCAUCCUUGUGAGCCAUGUCCACCACGUUUUCGAUCCUGCGAGGAGCCAUGUCCACCACGUUUUCAGUCCUGUGACCCAUGUCCACCACGUUUUCGGUCCUGUGAUCCAUGCCCACCAAGUUAUCAGUCUUGUAAUCCUCGUCCUCCUUGUCCACCAGAUUUCCAAUCUUGUGAUCCAUGUCCUCCAAGUUUUCGUUCUUGUGACCCAUGUCCUCCAAAUUUUCGAUCUUGUGAUCCAUGUCCUCCGAAUCUUCGAUAUUGUGACCCAUGCAAUCCGAGUUAUCGACCUUGUGAUCCGCCAAGAUAUCGGUAUUACGAACCUUGCCCACCAAGAUAUCGAAAUUGUGACCCAUGUCUACCACAUCCAUCAACAGCUUGUAGAAGUUUAGUAUGUCCAGUCAAAUCACGAGAACUAAUAAACGGUGAAUUAUACGUUGGAUGUUUAUGUGGCAGGCGGAAUGGUUUGCAAGAUGAUUGUCCUCGUACUGAGUGCGGUGGUCGUCCAGAAUGCUUAACAUUACCAUACCCAAUGUGUGCUCCAAGUAUACUUGCUAAUGAUGCAAUGCCAAUGUAUUAAAUCAAUAUUCAUUUUGAAUUGAUUAUAAAAUGUGAAAGAAUGUUUAUAAAUUUCUUAUUGGUAAUUUUACUGGAUGGACACACUUUUGACUUCCUUCUGUUCAAUAGAUUCAGACCAAUUAAAUCCUUCAUCAAACCUUCAAUUAUAAAUACGUUUAAUGUUUUAUAUUAUCAAUCCACAAAAAUAUUUCAUUAAACAUCAAAUAAUUAUCCAUAACAGAUAAAUCGUUUUUCAGCGGCUUCUAAACAUUCAAUAUUUAUAAGCCAUAUCACAUUUAUUGAUUAUGUUUCAAAUUGAAGAUAAUUUUACUUUAGUUUGGAGCAUAAAUGGGCAA